AUGAUAAGGUCAACCAUACUAUGGGGCAUUUAUAUGCUUCUGAAUCUAAGUGUUUGUUAUGCCAAGCCAGAAUGUGCAAUUUAUAGUAGUUGUGGAAAGAAGAGCCUUUUUGGCGCUUCCUUACCAUGCUCCGUUAGCAAGGAGUUUACCCCUGAACCGUUAAGCAAGAAUGAUGUCAAGCUGCUUGUUGAAGUCUGUGGUAAAGAGUGGGAUGGAAUGGAUCAUCUGUGUUGUAAUAGGGAACAAAUUAUAAGUUUAAAAAAGAACUUGAAGAAAGCCAACGGUAUUAUAGCAUCCUGCCCCGCUUGUAAGAAGAACUUUCAGGAUUUAUUUUGUCAUUUUACAUGUUCACCAGACCAAAGGACUUUUAUUAAUGUUACUAAAACGCAGCAAUCGCUUCAAAAGAAGGAAAUAGUAACAGAAUUAAGCUUCUUUAUGUCGACGGAUUUUGCUUCAAUGUUUUAUGAUUCUUGUAAAGAUGUUAAAUUUUCUGCUACAAACGGUUACGCUAUGGACUUAAUUGGUGGGGGUGCAACUGACUACGAGGGAUUUUUGAAGUUUCUUGGAGAUGAGAAGCCAAUGCUCGGUGGGUCCCCUUUCCAGAUUAAUUUUGUUUAUAAUAGUUCCACUGAUGUAUACCAGGAUUUCAACGAAACAGCUUAUCUCUGUAAUGACACUACCUAUAAGUGUGCGUGCACUGAUUGUCAGGGAUCAUGCCCUAACUUGAAGGAGAUAAAAUCAGGGAGUUGCAAGGUAGCUGGUCUUCCGUGUUUCUCUUUUGGGACGUUAAUAGCCUUCGCUGCUGUAACUGUCGCAAUGGGUGUAUUUCAUGUCUACCUCUUCAACAAGAAAAAUGUAAAGUCCAUCUUGACAAACGACGAUGGAGUAUUAAACAACCUGCAGGAUAGUGAUACAAACGAUGACAGACUAUUUCACCAGUAUCCUACUACAAGGUAUGGAUUCAACGACAAAAUUUCAGAUACUAUUAAUAUCGUAGCUGAGUUUUGUGUGGAUAAACCCUAUUAUGUCGUUAUCGGAGUUGUUAUAGUUGUGUCCGCCUUGGCGUCUCUCAUUGUCUUGUUUGCUGAGUUAGAAACGGAUCCUGUAAAUUUAUGGGUUGAUAAAAACUCAAAAGAGUACCAGCAAAAACAAUAUUUUGAUGAAAAUUUCGGUCCGUUUUACAGAAUUGAACAAAUAUUUGUCGUGGAUGAAACGGAGCCAGUUCUUUCCUAUGAUCUGUUAAAGUGGUGGUUUGAGGUGGAGGACCAAAUAACCAAAAAAUUUAAAAGUAGGGACAAUAUCAGCUAUCAAGAUAUUUGUCUAAGGCCUACACCAGACUCGACGUGUGUUAUCGAGUCUUUCACUCAAUAUUUCCACGGUGACCUCCCUUCGGAAACUGAAUGGAAGGCACGUUUAAAGUCAUGCGCUGAUUAUCCUGUAAAUUGUUUGCCAACAUUCCAGCAGCCACUAAAAAGCAGUUCUUUGUUCAGUGAUAAAAACGUGCUUGAAGCGAAUGCUUUUGUCGUUACGUUACUUGUUGAUAACCAUGAGGAUCUUGCGAAGAAUUGGGAGAAGGAAUUAGUGGCAUAUUUGUUAAAUUUAAAGGUGCCUACCGGGAAAAGAAUUAGUUUCAGUACCGAGUCAUCUCUAAAUAAGGAGCUUAAAGGAAAUAGUGAUGUCGCUAUUGUGAUAAUGUCAUAUUUGCUAAUGUUUUUAUAUGUUUCUUGGGCGUUAAAGAAUAAGGCUGGGAAAAAUAGGUUCCUUUUGGGUGUUGCUGGGAUAUUAAUAGUAUUUGGAUCGGUAUUAUCUUCUGCUGGAUUACUUUCUGUGCUUGGUGUCAAAUCGACGCUAAUUAUUGCAGAGGUUAUACCUUUUCUAAUUCUCGCAAUUGGUGUUGACAACAUUUUUUUAAUUACUGCUGAGUAUGAUAGAAUCACAGAAAAUAAUUAUUCAUUGGAUGUUGCAUCAAGAAUUUUGAUGGCUGUACGCAGAAUAUCUCCUUCGGUAGUUACGUCGGUAUGCUCUCAAAUUUUAUGCUUCCUGUUAGCUUCAGUUGUACCUAUGCCAGCGGUCCGUAAUUUUGCUAUUUACUCUGCUGUGGCACUGUUCUGUAACUUCAUUCUACAGAUUACAGGAUAUGUCUCAAUAUUGACAUUAUAUGAAAUCAAAUUUGAGAAGUACCUUUCUUCUGGUAACACAAAUCGGUAUAAAUCCACUAAUCGAUUUUCUAAGAAGAUUAAACAGUCCGUUAAGAAGAGAAAAAAGAUUGUGGGCAUAUUUUCCUUAUGGGUUAUAUUUUCAAUGGUAUUUUUACCAUAUGUUCCGAUAGGAUUAGAUCAGAGAAUGGCAAUUCCUGAAAAAUCAUAUCUUUCUGACUAUUUCAGUGAUUUAUUUGAAUAUUUGAAUGUGGGACCACCGGUGUACUUCAUAUUAAGAAACUUUGACCUUACCAAGAGAACAAACCAACAAAAAAUAUGCGGUAAAUUUACUUCUUGUGAUGAAUCGUCACUUGCAAAUGUCCUAGAACAAGAAAGAUUCCGGUCAUCAAUAAGUGAACCGUUAGCAAAUUGGUUUGAUGACUUUAUGCUAUUCUUAAACCCAGAACUCGAUGAAUGCUGUCGUUUUAAAAAGGGGACCCAUGACAUUUGUCCUCCCUUUUAUUCGCGUAUGAGGUGCGAAACUUGUCUGGCUCCUGGGACAUGGGAUUACGAUAUGUCAAACUUCCCGGAGGGUAAAACGUUUAUGGAAUAUUUUAAUAUCUGGAUUAACUCGCCAAGUGAUUCUUGUCCCUUAGCUGGUAAGGCACCGUAUUCAAAAUCAAUAAUAUACAACGAUACUGCUAUCAUAUCAUCAGUGUUUAGAUCCCAACAUCAUCCUUUAAGAUCACCAGAUGACUACAUUAAGGCAACUUUGGAUGCGGAUAGAAUUACAAAUGAACUAGAUGGCUUUGACCUAUUUGCUUAUUCUCCCUUCUAUGUCUUUUUCUCUCAGUACCAAACGCUAUUACCCCUGACAAUAAAACUACUUGGGCUGUCUUUUAUCAUUGUGUUCAUGGUAUCGUUGAUUUUAGUUGGAUCAAUAGGUACCUCAAUUGUAUUGACAACAACCGUCUUUAUGAUACUAAUAGAUAUUAUGGCAUGCAUGGCUCUGUUUAAUAUACCAUUGAAUGCUGUGAGUUUGGUGAAUCUAGUAAUAUGUGUUGGAUUGGCCGUUGAAAUCUGUAUUCACAUUGCAAGGGCAUUUACUAUGGUCCCUGUAGGUGUGAAAAGUGAUUCUAUCUCCAGGUCGUCAUAUGCUAUCAGCACAGUUGGUGAGUCUGUAUGGAAAGGUAUCAUAAUGACCAAGCUAGUUGGUGUGAGUGUCUUGGGUCUAGCUAAAUCAAAAAUUUUCAAAGUAUUCUACUUUAGAAUGUGGUUAAUUUUAAUCUUGAUUGCAUCAUUACAUGCUUUGAUAUUUUUACCAGCGUUCUUGGCUAUAUUUGGAGGCAAAAGUUAUGUCGACGGUGACAGUGAAAUCAGAUUGAAUACUGAUAAUGAUGAUGAGGAUUGA